GACAGCAAAGGGCACAGGUGGUGAACGUGACUGCUCUGUGGUGCCUCCAGCACGAAUCCUCGCUUGGUCAGGGUGCCACCAUGCGCCGGUUCUUUUGGCUCCUGGCGCUCUGGUUGCUGAGCUCUAGUCCUGCCCUGGCUGAUGUUCGGAGCUGUCAUGUUUCCGUGGCCCAGUCUUUGGUGAUCUCUAGCUGCCAAGCUCAACUCCAUGAAACGGUGCCAGAAAUUGAUUCAUCCACCGAGAUUCUUCUGCUGAAUUUCAACCUCCUCUCCAACAUCUCAGCCUCCUCCUUCCCCAGGUUGGAGAGGCUGAGGAAACUGUCUCUGGGAUAUCAGCUGGGGGGAUCACUCUCCAUUGGAGAGAAGGCUUUUGAGAAGGUGGCCAAUGUCACAUUUCUGGACCUUGGGGGCAACAGGAAGCUGAGCCUCCAUCCCAUGGCUUUGGCCGGCUUGCGGCAGCUUGAGGUGCUCCUGCUGGAUGUCAAUGGCCUUGAUGAGGCUGUUCUGGAAGGCGGCUAUUUCCAGGAUUUGGUGUCCCUCCGAAGGCUGGAUCUCACAGGGAACCAAAUAAAGAGGCUGAGACCUGAUUCCUCUUUCCAGGGCUUGAAGCUGCUGACAUCCCUCCAUCUGCGGUUGAACAAGAUCAAGGCAAUCUGCGGGGAGGAUCUGACCCACCUUGGGGGACAACACCUGUCCCUCCUAGAUCUCUCGUCAAACUUGCUGUCCUAUAGAGACCCUUGGUACAACCGCACCUGCCCCAGUCCCUUCCACAGCAUCACAGUGGAAACCCUGGAUGUCUCCUCCAACCCAUGGGAUGUGGGUGGUGCUGAACGGUUCUUCAAGGCCAUGGGGGGUGCCCAGAUACGGCAUCUGAAGUUGCAGCACUCAGGGGCCAUUGGGAGGGGCUUUGGGUUCAAUAACCUGCGUGGCCUCUCUGCUUCCACCUUCUCAGGGCUCAUCCGUAGCAGAGUCCUCUCCUUGGACAUGUCUCAUGGCUUCCUCUCCAAGUUGGGCCCUUUGAUCUUCUCGGGUCUGCCUGAGCUGAGAAUGCUGCGCCUGGCAUCCAAUCAGAUCCACGAGAUCCAUGGGGAGACCUUUGCUGGGCUGCAGCACCUCUGCACCCUGGAUCUCUCUCACAAUCUGCUGGGGGAGCUGAAGACGGAAGUUCUCCAGCGCCUAAGCCAAUCCCCACUGCUGCACCUCAACCUCAAGUCCAACCACAUUGGGGCCAUCCAGCACAAUGCCCUGGAGGGACUGAGAACUCUGAGGAUGCUGGAUCUGCAGGACAAUGCCCUCUCACGCAUACCGCCAGGGCGACUCCCUGCCCUGGAGCGCCUGCUGCUGGGCCAGAACAGGAUCAAGCAUGCCUGGGGGAUUGGGAAGCUUUCCACAAACCUGACCUUCCUCGACUUGUCUUCCAACCGCAUGCAAGACCUCAGAGGCAUCUGGAACGAGCUGAGGGGCAUCCCUACCCUGCAGUUCCUGAACCUAUCACACAACCUGCUCUCAACGUGCUCUGAGCACCAGGACAGAGCCACACCCAGGCAAAGCCAGCUCAGGGUGGUGGACCUUUCCCAGAACUCUCUGAAUAUCGUCUGGAAUUCAGGGGGCUGUGUGGAUGUCUUCCACCAUCUAGACAGGCUGAUGAUCUUGAAUCUCAGCAGAAACAACCUCCAGACUUUGCCUGAGGGUCUAUUUCAGGGACUGGUGUCUCUCCAGGCUCUGGAUCUUUCUGGGAACCUCAUAGCCUUGCUCCCAGACAGGUCGUUCCAGGACCUGCAUUCCCUGCAGGUGUUAGGGCUGCAGGGUAACCACUUGAUGACUCUGUCACCGUCUGUUUUUGAGCCGCUCCAUGCACUAGCAUUCCUGAAUCUCCAGGAGGUCUCUCUGCUUUGCCACUGCAGCUUGCUGGACCUGGAGGCUUGGCUGCACUCCACCAACCUGACCCUGAGUAGUAAGAAGGAAGGGAUCACCUGCCAUGUGCCCACCCCUCCCUUCCCAGAAAUGCCCCUCCUUUCCUUCAUCCACGGCAGCUGUGUCAAGUAGCAUAGCCCGCGCUGCGUCCUUUCCCCAGCACAGGAUUCCACCUGUGUGGCUUUUAAGCUGUACCAUAUGCCAUGCGCUUGGCACAGACAACGAUGCCCAGUCCCCUUCAGUCGUGAACCAGUUUCCCAAAGGCAUAAACACAGCCUGGACUAGAAGUCAAGGCAUCUGGGUUUGACUCUAGGAGUAGAGUCUAGUGGUUGGAAGGAUGGGGGAGGGGCGGGGAGGGGAGUUGAGUUCAGUUGUAUUUCUAGUUCUGGGAGUGAGGGGGCCUCAGCAGAGAGCUAGGAGUCAGGCUCCCUGGUUUCCAGCUCCAGGAAGACAGGGAGAUCUAGCGGUUAGAUCAGGGGCACUGGGAGUCUGGAUAUUCUGUCCUGCCCUCGGCUGUACAGCAAUUCUCCUUUGCCCAUUUUGCAGUAGAGGCACUUGGAGAUUUAUUAAAACUUGGGUGUAUUAAAAUACUCACAGUCAUCAGCCCUGUUCCUCUAAUGCCAGCAGAAUAGGUUGAAAUCCCAUACUAACGUACAGCUCCUGACAAGGUAGGGGCUAUGCUUUCUCAAUUCUGGAGCAUUAUGGGUAUGCUGUGGACAUUAGGCAGGCUCCGUUUAGCACAAAUGCAGGUUCAGUCACUGGCUACAUUCCAGUGGGAUCGUGCCUUACCUAGAGAACAAGGUGUGAUUUUUAACAUGUGUGAGCCCACAUCUGUUACUUAAACCUGUUGGCAUGUUCAAAUCAUAAUGCAGCCCAGGUGAGCUGCAAUUUUAGCAUGUUAGUUUACCAAGGUAAACCCACAAUAAUUUUGUCUAUACUGGGGUUUGAAUGUGUUAAAAACACACCUUUUAUCCUUACUUAGACCUAGGCAAGCGUUCACCCAAUGGGAGGGCUGGUACUGGUAAUUACUAUUAUAUUGUGUUACUGUAGGAACCAAGUCAGAGUCCUCUGGUGCUCCAUGCUUUACAAAUGCAGAACAAAAUGCCCCUGCCCCUACUUCAGAAAUGACCCACAAGGCAGCAUGCCAGAUAGAGACACAGGGGGCACUGCUACACUUAUUCACAUUGCAGUGUGCUGUUUGCUGACACAGCCUUCCAUGGUGAGACUGUACGGUUCUGGCAAAGACUGUGCUACUGAUAUUGGAAUAGCUGCAGCUGUAUGGUGGCAAAAAUACUGUUGUCAAAACUGUUGAGAGUAGAUGUGGCCUGAAAUUGCAAGCUCUUUGGGCCAGAGACCAUCUUUUGGUUUUGCAUGUGUAAGCACCUAGCACAAUGGGAUCCUGGCCCAUGACUGGGACUCUAGAAACCAUCACAAUACACAACAAGAUUAAUGAUAGUGUUUAUAGACGUGAUUGGGGCUUUCAGCCGGGAGCUGGGUUUUUGUAUGAGUGC